AUCUGGGGAAUUUGGAGGCAAGGGCAACACCUUGAACACUUCGUAAUGUUCCUCAAACCAUUCCCAAAAAUAUGUGCAGUGUUGUAGGGCGCAUUAUCCUGCUGAAAAAGGCCACUGCCAUCAUGGAAUACCAUUGCCAUGUAGGGGUGUAUUUGGCUGAAAAGAUGUUUAAGUAUGUGGCACGUGUUAAAUUGACGCCCACAUGAAUGCGUGAACAUUGUCCAGAGCAUCACACUCCCUCCACACUUCAUUCGGGUGCCAUCACUUCCUCAGGUCAACGGCGCACACGUACAUGGCCAUCCACAUGAUGUAAAAGAAAACAGGACUCAUCGGACCAGGCGACCUUCUUCCACUGCUCCAAGGUCCAGUACUGACGCUCGUGUGCCCAUCAUAGGCACUUUCAAAUGUGGACAAGUGUCAUUAUGGGCACUCUGACUGGUCCGCGGCUAUGCAGCCCCAUAUGCAGCAGGGUGCGAUGCUCUGUGUGUUGUGACACAUUCCUCACGUAACCAUAAUUAAAAAAUGUUGUGACUUGUGCAACAGUAAACCUUCUGUCAGUUCAAACCAGAUGGGAUAGCCUUCGUUGCCCUCGCCCAUUGAUGAGCCCUGUCGCCGGUUUGUGGUUUGUCCCUCCUCGGACCACUGUCGGUAGGUACUCACCACUGCUGACUGGGAGCACCACACAAGCCAUGCCGUUUCAGAGAUGCUCUGACCCAGUUGUCUGGCCAUAACAAUUUGGCCCUUGUCAAAGUCGCUCAAGGCUUUACUCCCCAUUUCCCCUGCAUUCAACAUGUUGACUACGAGAACUGAUUGUUAGCUUACCAUCUAAUCUACAGAGACCUUGACAUGUUGCCUUGUUAGGAGAUGAUCAACAUUAUUUGCUUUACCUGUGUGAGUGGUCAUAAUGUUUUUGCUCAUCAGUGUAUAUUAUAGUGUAUGUGUUCUUUUCCCACUGUACUCCCAGAAAUGUUUAAUUCUUUCCACUGUGUUUACUUGUUAUAUUAUGUUAUAUUGUUGAUAUGAUGUAGGGCUCCAUCCUAUGACUUUAGGUAUCCAGUCUGUUCACGUGCAUGCGCUCUCUUCUAAAACCUGUAAGAAUGCAGCUAAUGUGUUUACAUGGCCACAUAAACCGUGUUCUCAGUAGAAACCUGGGUGUGUUAUACCGCUUUCUCCUAAUCCCUUAAAGGUACAAUAUGUAACACAUUUUUUUGCCAAUGUGUAAACGGCUUGUAACGCAACUUAAAAAAUGAGCCCUUCCCGGACUUCCUAGUUGCCUAUUAAAGCCUGUAGACUGAUUUUCAUGCGAAGGGAGCGGGUCGCUUUUGCUGGGAAAAUCCAAAGGAUGUGACGUUUAUGCGUGCUCCUGAGAGCCUUGCCUCAGACAGUAGCUUCUCUUCCACUAUUCAACAGCGUCAACAGAUAGUCUGCAACACUAGGUAACAUUAUCUUUGAGAUGGAAUCCAGCAAGCAUCCAGCUUCCAGCGCAAUACCGUCUCCUACACAAACUCCGAGUAAGCCAAAAAAAAAAAAAAAAAAAACAUUGAAACAACGUGAUCGUGGUCGGACGAAAACUAGAAUGAAAUUCGGCGGGUCAUUUGAUUCCUGGAGGGACCUUCAUUCUUCUUAUUGGACAGCCCAGGUCUCUCGCAAGCUGACCUUCCUGUAUCUUGCGAAUGAUGUUAUACAGAACAGCAAGAGGAAAGGUCCAGAGUUUACACAUGACUUUGCCCCAGUCAUUGUUGAUGCUUUCAAGCAUGUCUCCAGUGAAGGAGAGGAAAGCUGUAAGAAACAUUUAAGUAGAGUUCUGUCCAUCUGGCAGGAAAGAGCCGUGUAUGAGAAUGACGUAUUGGACAAACUUACUGAGGUCCUGCAGGUAGAAAAGAAGGCCAAGAAAAGACCUUAUGAAGAGAUUAAGGUGAACGAUGAUGACUUUGCCUCCCAAAGCUCCCCUGGAGAGCCUCCACAGACUGCAGAACUGAUCAGAGCUCUACAGGAGCUUGAGAACGCAGCCUCGAGUGAUGCUGUUCUUCGUCAACGGAUCUCUGCUCUACCCCCAGAAGUGCAGGACACCUCUCUACUACAUAAAGUUACAGAUAAAGAGUCAGGGGAGCGUCUCUCUCGGCUGGUGGAAGAGGCCUGCAUGCUUCUGGCUGACUACAGCGGACGGCUGGCGGCAGAGAUCGAUGACCGACGGCAGCUUACGCGCACGCUUGCCGUUUUUUUGCAGAGACAGAAAGAUGGCCUGGCCCAGAACGAGCAGAAACUAGAAGAAUACAAGCGUAAACUGGCACGGGUGUCCCUGGUACGGAAAGAGCUGCGGUCUCGUCUCAGCAGCCUCCCGGACCUCUCCAGGCUUCCGAGCGUCAUGGGUGGCCACGUCCGCCUGCCCUCCUCUGGCGAUCUUUACAGCCCCUCCGAUUGAACCUUUAUCUCUCAGAUCUUAAACCCAAUCAUCAAUCCUCCUUGUCUCUACUGACUGUCCUCUCUUGCUUUACUUUUGAGUGUCCCAUGAUUUGGAAUUUGACAUCAUUUCUCCACUAUACUAUUAGUGGAUUUGUCCAAUAUGCAGUCCAUGGCUGCUUGUGUGUUUAAAUGAUCAGCGUCAUCCUUGUGUUAUUGUGUCCCUGUGGUGUUACAAAACAUUUCUAACAACAUGAGUCAGUUGUAGAACUCUUGAACCAUUUCUUUUGGCAGCAAUUUGACCUUUCUUUCUCAAUUGUUUUGCUCUUGAAACGUACUUAAAAUGACACAAGAAUUAGUUUUUAAUUUUUACACCUGUGGUUGUUUUAUUCUAGUCUACAUUUACUCACAAGUAUAAGUUACAGGCAGUUUGGUUAGAUCUCUCUUUACCAGCUCAAACUCCUCUUCAGCUGACCUCAUAGUACCUAAGAUCCCCAAAUUUGUGAUGAUAUUAGUUUUGUAUUUUUGCUGUGAAUAUUACUUUCAGUAUCGUAUAAUCAGCUGCAGUAUUUUAGUACGGCAAUCAUACCAAAAAGCCCCUUUUUAUCUGAACUGAAAGUUACAUAACAUUUGUUAGUGAUGUAGCUAAUAAAUGUACUUAAUCUUGAGUGCUUUGCAGUUAGAAUUAGUAUCUCAAAAUAUGCAUAUUUUGAUCUCUUCGGAUGUAUUUCAUUGUAAUUAUGAGAUCAUGAUAUUUUCAACAUUUGAAAAAAAAAAAGAAAAAAAAAAAGCCUGCAAGCCGCAAUUGAUCUUAAUUAAUCAAACAUUUAGGUUGAACUGUCAUCCUAUCUCCCUUUUAUCUGCAGACACAUGCAUUUGUUAAGAUUAUUAAAUCGUUCCUCUUCCCUAUUGGUUUGUUGGGUUAAAGCAAGAGUGUUUGUGUGCAUUUUACUGUAUAAUUGCUCCCUCAUUGGUUAACUGUGACAGUAAAAAUUGGACUUCUAGUUACAACCAUUUUCUCUGUGGGGUCUGAAGGGGCUGCUCAUUGCCUGUGAAUCCACAACUUUUAACUUAUUGAGUUGCCAGUGUACAUUUUAACAUCAGCCUUUGUAAAUAGUGUGUUAGUCUGAGCCAAAUAAAGCUGAACACAACAAA